CGUCAAUCCCGCAACAAAACUCCUAUCCUCGAGCCGAGACGGUGUGCUCGGGCUUCAGAAGGUCUCCACCCGAGAGUAUGGCGGUUGAGGAUGCUGGAAGAUGCAGAAGAAUAGCUAUUCCGGAAUGCAGCAGCGUCCUUAAGGAUCUCCAAAUGACGCUCGGAGGGGACGCGUGAUGACGGGGCGCGACGCGCUUUUAUAACCUAGAACGCAAGCCAAUGCAUGUUAAAAGAUUAUUUCUCCAAGCAGCUGUCGGGUUCUGGCUAUUCGAGGCGGCUAGAGAUGCCAUGAAGUCCGCGCAUCGGCUCUUUGUGCGCCUCUGUUAUUUGUCUCUAUGGUGAGUGUUGCAAUACAGCCGGCCAUGGCUCCGCGUCUGCUCGACUUCUGCGAUAUUCAAGGCAAGUUUCCCGUGGCAUCCGAUCGGUUUGGACACUGUUAGCUGGCUCCGUUACGCGCGUCACGUCGGUUCGCAUCCGUGCGCAAUGCGCGAGUAUAAGGUGGUGGUGCUGGGCAGCGGAGGGGUCGGGAAGUCCGCGCUCACGGUGCAGUUCGUGACCGGGACCUUCAUCGAGAAGUACGACCCGACCAUCGAAGACUUCUACCGCAAGGAGAUCGAGGUGGAUUCGUCGCCGUCGGUGCUGGAGAUCCUGGACACGGCCGGGACGGAGCAGUUCGCGUCCAUGCGGGAUCUCUACAUCAAGAACGGCCAGGGCUUCAUCCUGGUCUACAGCCUGGUCAACCAGCAGAGCUUCCAAGAUAUAAAGCCCAUGAGAGACCAGAUCAUCAGGGUGAAGAGAUACGAGCGCGUGCCCGUGAUUCUGGUGGGAAACAAGGUGGACCUGGACAACGAGCGCGAGGUUUCAUCGAGCGAGGGCCAGGCUCUAGCUGAAGAAUGGGGCUGCCCGUUCAUGGAGACGUCGGCCAAGAGCAAAACCAUGGUGGACGAACUGUUCUCGGAGAUAGUCAGGCAGAUGGACUACGCCUCUCAGCCGGAUAAGGAAGACCCGUGCUGCUCCUCCUGCAAUAUACAAUAACCCCUCACAAUCACACGAGGUUCUCGGAGGGGUUCCACGUGGAGAUCGUCGCUAAAGAGUGGUCUUCAAACACGCGUGAACGGCGUCUACACACUAGAGAAUGCUGCAGAUCCGUUCUUUUGAUGCAUCGCGUACAUUUAUGAGCAAACGUUCUUCCGGUAACGUUAAUUGAAUGUUCGUUCAACGCGCUCUGCUGUAAUGGUCUGAUGUUCUCAGUGUUAUUAGUGACCCACAACCACAAAAGCAGUCAUAAAGGUUGUUUUUUUGGAAAUUUAUUUACGUAUCAGACGAAUAAAAAAGCUUUCCGUUGACGUAUGGUUUGUUAGCUAUUUGAAAAUCUGGAAUCUAAGUGUGGGAAAAAUCGAAAUACAUAAAAUCGGCAAACGUUUAAAUUCUUAGCGAUGCAUAUUACUAAUCAUAAAUGAAGCUUUGAUGUGUUUACAGUAGAAAAUAUCUUCAUGGGACAUGAUCUUUCCUCAAUAUCCAAAAGAUUUUUUGGCAUAAAAUAAUUUUUUUUUUACUUUUGACACAUAUAAUUUAUUGUUGGCUAUUGCUAUAAAUAAACCUGUGCUACUUAUGACUGCUUUUGUGCUCCAGGCUCACCUUUACACAUACAUUUCUUAAACGUUUUAAUUGGUCGUUUUUCUAACAUUGUUUAAACGUUACUAUUUGAUUUGGAACGUUAGAGGACCUUCAAAAGUGUCUGCAAAAUGGAAACAAAAAGAACAUUUAAAACAUAAAAAAAAAAAAUGUUUUGGGUGUUCAGAGACAAACUGAAAAAUAACGCUUUUAUAACAUAAUAGGAAUAUUAGCAAAACGUCUUUUCACAUCGUUUUUUUGUUCUUCUUGAUCGUGCAAACAUCACAGUAAAUAUUAAUGGAAUGUUAUCAUUUUACUUCUGAAUGUUCUCUGAACGUUCUGAAAACGUAAGUGGUAACGUUAUAGAAAUGUAUUAAAAUGUUCCCUGAGCCGUGCAUAAAUAAUUGAUUUUGUGAACAUUCAAUAGUAAAAUUCGCAUAAAACUAAAAGAACGUUUUGAACGAGGCCAUUGAUAAAUAACUUUUUCAUAACGUAAUGGGAACGUUAGCAAAACAUUCUUUUUUGCUAAGUUGGUAAUGCAAAUGUUACAGAAUGUUACUUUUGAACGUCCUCUGAACAUUCCGAAAACGUAAGUGGUAACAUUUAAAAAUGUAUCAAAAUGUUCCGUGAGCCAUGUGUAAAUAAUGAUUAAGCGCUAACAAUAAAUGUUCUAUUAAUGUCGCUGGAAAGAACGUUUUGGGUUGGCGAAAGUGACGUUAAAUCGAAAAUCCCGCUUGUGUUUCCCUCCAAAAACGGAUCGCGAAGUGCGAAGCUUUCUCUAGUGUGUAAAUGCCUUAAUCCGACACGUUUAUGAUGAAUAAAUUAACAAGAAACUGUAAAAAAAAAAAAAAAAAAAAAAAAAAAAAAGGUCAAAGGGGUUAAAAAAUGCACCAAACUUGAGUCUUUCUUUUCCCCGCAUGUUUUCAUUCUAAGUCUGACGCUGUUCGCAAGAGACUCGAUCGCGUUGAUUUCGUUUAGUUUGCACAUAUAGAACCUGAUGUCUUAAACUGCCAUUACUUUAAUAAAGAGCCAGAAUGAGCUAGUUCUGUUCUUCCAAGCGGCCCGCCGUCAGACGUGGUGACGUUUCCUCCGAGGGACUCUCAGACGAUGUGUGCGCCGUUGCAGCGAUGAGGGGCUUUACUUUGAGGGACAUUUUCUUUGAGGAAGCCAAAUAGGAUGCUGAGAAGCACUUUUCUUUUGUAAAGUCGUGUCUGUUUUGAUUUAUGAAACUGCUGGGAAUAUUCAGCUGAUUAUGUUGUGGUUUCUACUUAGCACCUCGAUAUAGAAUGUUGCAGAUACUGAAUUAUGUAUUUUGUAAUAAUGUAGUAAAACAAUCAUGGGAUUUGCUUUAGAAUAAUCGGGUGGGAACAGUAUUUGUCAUGAAACGCUUUCGGCACUUUCCACAAGAAGAGUCCAGAUGUCCUGUUACUUUUAUUUGAAGCAAUAAAGAUUUAAAGAAGCGGUUCGGUUAACCUAACAUUUAAUGUAGGCAGUUUUUAACAUCUCAAAUGUCUGUAAGAACCCUUAAAAAUGACAAUUUGUCCUUUUACACCUCAAGAGGUCUAGAUGGUUAAAAUCAUUAAUAUAUGUUGAACUACUAUUUGAUUAAAUGCAAAAAAUAAAU